AUGCUUGAUUUAGUGUCUUAUCUACAUCCUUUACAUAGUUGUGAGAUUAAUAUAUCCUUUCGUAUUUUAAAUGCUCAGGCCUCUAGCCAAAAUAGCCAUAGGAAGAAAGGUGCAGAAAACAUCGUACAAUUGAUAGCUAAUGGUAUUAAAGAUGAUGCCCAAUUGAACAACAAAACUAUUCCUUGCGAUAUGAUUUCAAUUGAGAGCCUUAAUCAAAAUUCAUCUACAGAUUUAUUGCUUUCUCUAGUACAAUUAUUUAAUAAAGCGGAUGAUGCUAAAUAUGAUGCAAUUCGUACUAAUCAAAAAGAGAUUUUGCAUUGGUAUUAUUAUGAAAAGAAAUUUUUAAUUCAGGUUACUAUAAUUGUACAAGAUGAAAAAGACAAAAUAGGAUUAUGUCUCCCAGAAAUCUUCCAUAAAAACUUACAAAGAAAAAUUCAGAAAGCUGUAAAGAUAUAUAAAAUAUUUGAAAAGGAUUUUAGCCAGAGCUCCGGUCAAAAUCAUAUAACCAAAAAUCCUGAAACCAGAGAAAGAAUUAUAAAUGCUCCACCAGCUUUGAAAUCAACUGAGGUUAAUAUAUCAGCAAAUGUAUUAUUU